AUGCAUAAAAUUCUGGAUGAUUUGAAAAUUGAAGAAGAAGGUGUAGUAAAAGGUACUAAACUGUAUCUCGAAAACCAAAAAGCAUUCCUGAAUAUCGGAUUACUAUUUAGUGAUUUGAUAGAUUUGAUACGUCAAGGCAAAGAUGUGUUUCUAACAGUGUUCACAUUACCAUUAUCGAUUCUAUUUCAUUCAUUAGGCUUAACUGAAGUUGGUGACAUACUCAGAAAUUAUGGCUUAAGAGUUAUUGUGGAUAUCAUUGCGAAUGAUAAUGAUAUGCAAAUACUUUGA